ACCUACCCAUUCUACAUGUGUGCCGAUAUGUUCAAGCGAGCUGCAGAGAAAUUAUAAUGGGUACCUACCUGUGAAGAAUCUAUUCUCCAAAUCCGUCAAAUCAAGCAUCGCAAUAUCCACAUUCCUUGUAACAACUUAUCUGUUUUCAUUAUACUUCUUGACCCGCUCCGUUUCCUUGCCGCCCUCGCUCAUCUUUGCCAUCUGCUUCACACGCUUUACAUUCCCUCUUUUUCAAGAUCCACAGAGCCACAUAUAAAAUCGCGAGCGUACGCACCGCAGCGCCGCGGCAAACUCCCGAAUCUACAGCAACACGAAGUUGCCGACGCUAUACCCUAACAUAAACAUACCUUAGGUACCUAGAUAGCUAACGUUACGCAUUAACUUCUUGGUGUACCUAGCUGGUGUACCUAGCGGCCAACAAAAUCGUCCACCUCAGCACAAUAAUGUACGUGAGUUUACACCAUCUAAUGUAAAUCUCAGUAACUGGAAAUACUCGUGGCUGGGCAUGUACUGCUACUACAUAUAUUAGAUUGCCCCGAGUCAUCUUAUCGUGAUUACGAUGCUAUCAAGAGAUUGGGCUGUGAAUGACCAAAGAUGGAUGCUACUACUCAUUAGCAUCGUAAACUCGCUAGUAAACAUGGCACAUGGCCAACCUCCGCCAGCCGCAUAUCUACAGACGCCAUCUUCCCGACAGCUCGAAUGGCAUCGGCAGGAGUACUACGCAUUCGUCCACUUGGGCCCCAACACCUUCACAAACGAGGAAUGGGGACGCAGCCAAAGCCCUCCCGGCGUGUUCAACCCGUCGGCCCUGGACACGGACCAACGGGCCAAAUCCUUUGCGGACGCCGGUAUGGCGGGGAUGAUCCUGACGGCCAAGCACCACGACGGCAUGGCGUUGUGGGAUUCGAACACGACCACGUACAAGAUCGGCAACGGAGCAUGGGCAAAAGACCGGGGUGCGGGACGGGGCUUUCUAGACGCCCGCGGAGGCGGACGCGCGACUGCGGGACGGCUGGUUCUACCACGCGGGCGAGGAGUCGAAGACGCCGGAGACGCUGUUGGAUAUGUAUCUCAAGUCCGUGGGGCGCGGCGUGAAUCUGCUGCUGGAUGUACCGCCCGAUACGACGGGACGGAUGCCCCAGGACGACGUGGAUAUCCUAUUGCAGUUUAAUCUUCGAAAUGGUCACUUAAACUCCGGAUCGAAAUCGGCCGCUUGCUUCAUGAAAACAUAAAUGCAUUAAACUUGUAAAAAAAGCUUAGGACUUUUAAAAGUUUUUAUUCUUACUUCCAAUUACACCAUAUCACGUGAUGACGUCAUAUUUUACCGAUCAUGCCAUCGGUUUUAGUUAAUUUGAGGUAGGUACCU